GUCAUUUAAAGGAAAUGAAUUGGUGCAUAUCUCUGUGAUUCAGGCUCUCUUGCGUGUCAUUUCAGCCUCUGGUUUUUCUCUAUUUCUCCUCGUGGUCUCCUUCAUCUUUUCUCCGCUGACUUUUUUCGGCGAAAUCGGUGCGAGAUCUCGGUGAUAUAUCGCCGGAAAUUUCAUUUAGGCUCCGGCGACCUUAUCCUUCGAUCCCCUUUUUAUCUUCUGGUUACCAUGAAUCCUGAAUAUGACUAUCUGUUCAAGCUUCUGCUUAUUGGAGAUUCUGGUGUUGGAAAAUCUUGUCUUCUUUUGAGAUUUGCUGAUGAUUCAUACAUAGAAAGUUACAUAAGCACCAUUGGGGUUGAUUUUAAAAUACGCACCGUGGAGCAAGAUGGGAAGACCAUUAAACUUCAAAUUUGGGACACUGCUGGACAAGAAAGGUUUAGGACAAUCACUAGCAGCUACUAUCGUGGGGCUCAUGGCAUAAUUAUCGUUUAUGAUGUGACAGACCAAGAAAGCUUCAAUAAUGUCAAGCAGUGGCUGAAUGAAAUUGAUCGCUAUGCUAGUGAUAAUGUUAACAAACUGCUGGUUGGAAACAAGUGUGAUCUUACUGCAAAUAAAGUUGUGUCAUCUGAGACUGCUAAGGCAUUUGCAGAUGAAGUUGGCAUACCUUUUAUGGAAACCAGUGCAAAAGAUGCCACAAAUGUGGAACAGGCUUUCAUGGCCAUGGCUGCUUCCAUCAAGGAUAGAAUGGCAAGCCAACCAGCCAUGAACAAUGCGAAGCCACCAACGGUACAGAUCCGAGGACAGCCUGUUGCACAAAAGAGUGGCUGCUGUUCUUCCUAGAAGUCUGGCGUAUUAGGAAGUUCUAUUUCUUCUGCAGUAUGCUGCCUCUCAUGGCAUGUAAGAUUACGUGUUUCUUAACUCUUUAAGUUGAAAACUUAUUCCUUCUGGACCAACCUCAUUAGAGGAUCUCAUUCAUUUCUACACUUGCUAAUGUGAAGGGUUAUACAAUGUAUGAUUAUUGAUUAAAUAAUAGUGUUCUUCCUGCUGUCAUGGAUUCUUUAA